AUGGACCAGGGCGACGUCUUCGCCGCGAACGUCGCGGCCAAGUCUGCGAAGUACCGCUACCAGACAGGCAGGCUCUUCCCUUUGGUCCCCAGCAUCGCCCUGUACGUGCCCGCGGGCGCCGCCGCGGAGGCCCCCGACGAGGGCGGCGGCCCCGCCACGGUGCUGCUGUACCGGACCGCCUUCGCCGCGGAGCCGGCGGGCAAGGUCUUCGCGGCACAGUUGCGCCGGUUCCUGCUGUCGAGGAGCGUGCCUCUGGAGCUCGUCGAGCCGUCGGAGGGCGUCUGGCUGGACUGGCAGGACGUGGCGAGACACAGGGCGGUAUUGUACGUGCCGCAUGACUUGCACCUCAUGUCCUUCUCGGAGCUGUGCGCCCUGGGCGUGCCGAUGUUUACGCCAGGCGACGACUACCUUGUACCGUUCCUGGCGCACGUCUUCACCAUGUACGGCCAGCUCUGCAAGGAGACGGCCGGGCAGCUGUCCACGGAGGAGGCCAGGGCCGCGCAGGCGCUCUUUCCCUACGCGCCGCACUUCGACGACGAGGCGCACACGGCCUUCAACACAGCCAUGGGUCACCCUGGCGACGUGCUGCUGGAGCAGGUACGCUACUGGCAGCUGUACGCCGACGUGUCGCGGAGCGCCCUGGUCCGCAGGUUCGACUCGAUCCCACAGCUGGUCGAGCAGCUGCUCGCUCUCCGGCGCGGCGAGGCCGUGGAGAGCCUGCGCGCCGCGCAGGAGGCCCUCAGGGCCGAGGUGCUGGACAUCUACCGGGACGCGCUGCCUCAGCUGCUCGGCCCCCCCGACCUCCCGAUCCGCAGAGGGCAUCGACGCCGUGCGCCAUCGCCGCGCCUUGCCGGAGGCACUUCGCGAUGGCUCCGGGAGAGGUGCAUGCCGCAUGGGUGA